AUGCUUAUGCAGGGGAAUAGGAAUUUUAAAAGUGUGAAGCAGACAGUAAAAAGACUAGAAGAAGCUUCUGUUUCCUGCAGGGGUCCAGAAAGAGUGCAGUUGAUGAGAAGAUGGUUGGCUGCACUUAAAGAAACUGAGAAAUUAUCUGGGGGUUCCUUGGAAGAUAAAGAAAAGAAGAGUGAACCGCAACUCUCAUCUGAAGAACUAAAGGAUAUUCCAAGAAAACCAUCUCCAGUUCUUUAUUAUGAUUCUGAUAUUGGGGGUGACCCGAUGAAUUUUCAUGAUGUCUUUCUCUGCAGUCAAGCUUUGGAGGGCAUAGCCAUAUGUAUGAUUAUUGAAGCGCCAAAUGAGGAGGAAGUUUCUCUACUCCUGGAACUGUUCAGACUUUGUCUUACUGGAGGGAAAGAAGUUCAUAAUGCGAUAGUAAGCAGUAUACAGGACCUGGCAAAAGCUUUUUCUAGCUAUGAAGAUGAAGUAUUGGUAAAGUCCUGA